AUGCCUGGUGCCUUCGGACCUGAAGAUGACAUCGAUUUUUAUGAGGGUCCCUUCGAAGUUUUCAACGGCUCUGGAACUUCUAGGGAGAAGCAAGAGCAGCGAGCUUCUUGGGCGGUCAAGAAAUUGCCCGAUCUUGAUAUUGUUGACCUCGACUGGCACAAAUACAGCCCACCAAAGGCAUUAGGAAAGGCACCAAAUAUCACGUCUCAAGUCCUUCUCGACGUACUUCAGUCUUCAGUUGAGAAUGUCAACGCAAGAAUCAUUGAAGAGGAUCGCCAAAAGAAAGAAAACGAGGAGCAAAGAAAGCAAGAGGAAAAUGAGAAGGGCAAAAGCAAGGAGCCUUAUCUGCCCAUCAUUAUACCUACAGAAACCCUAGUCGAGGAAAAGACUAAUCACGCCGUACCUCCCCCCAAUAUUAAAAAAGAGAUUCUGAUGACAACUUUUGGUCCUAGCGUUGUCACCCAGGCCGAUGCAAGAGCAAAUAAGAGACGCCUUUUUGCCCUUCGCCGUUUCUUCCAGCGCAGUGAUGAGCGAGGUGAGAGUAGCGCCACGGGUGCCGCUCUCGGAGCUUUGCAAGAACGGGUCGCAGAAGCUGAGCAUGUUAAUGACAGUCUCGGCCGGUUGACUAAACUAAACUCCGUCGAGGAAGUGGAAUGUGUGUCCUGUCUGGACGACUUUCAUCCCAAGGACGUCAUCAAAGUGCCUUGUCAUAACUAUUGUCGCGACUGUUUUGUUCGUCUGGUUACUGCUGCAUGCCAGAAUGAACAACAGUGGCCACCCAAGUGCUGCCUAAACGAGAUACCCGUCAAGACCGUCAUGCGUUUCAUCCCGUCCGACCUGAAAAGGACAUUUGAGGACCGAUCCAAAGAGUGGGAGCUCCCCGUCAGCGACCGUGUCUACUGCAGCAAUCCGAACUGUAAUCUCUGGAUCAAGCCCAAGCGGAUCUAUGCCGGGAAGCGUCAAGGAAUAUGCGAUCGCUCUCAUGUAACAUGCACGUUAUGUCGUGGGCCCGCUCAUGCUGGAGAGGAUUGUCCUCAAGAUGUCGAUAUGAGUCUCACGAACCAAUUGGCCGAAGACGAGGGCUGGAAACGAUGUUUCAACUGCAACGCCUUGGUAGAGCAUAGGGAGGCUUGCCAGCACAUGACUUGUAGGUGUGGCACCCAAUUUUGUUACGUUUGCUCUCGACGAUGGCGAACUUGCACUUGUACGAUGGAGGACCUUCAGGCCCUGAAGGAGGGGGUUGUUUCUAGACGCGCAGAAAGGCGCGCCCAGGAGUUAGAGGAGGCCGAGGAAUUACGGCAUAUUCUUCUGCAAAUCGAGGAGUUUGAGCGUGAAGAGGCUCUCAAGGCCGAGCUUCUACGAUUGGAGCAGGAAAGAUUAGAGGAGGAACGCCGCCAGCGUGAGCUCGAGGAAAGAGUACGGCAGGAGAGUAUCCGUCGAAGGGAUAUUGAAGUCCAGUAUCAAGAGCUGAGGACCGUACUCGAUGAGCUGCAUGACCUGCAACAAGUAUUGCUCGAUGUUGACCAAGAAGAGGAAGCUGAGAAUAUGAUUAUUGGCAUCAGAGCUGCAAAGCAAGAGUUGGAAAUGAAACACGAGACAGAGCUAUCCGAGUUGAAAGCACUCGCACUGGCUAAGAUGACCGAAAGGGAAAAUUCACUGAAUAAUGACUUCCGAGUUCGUGCAGCGAAGGAGAAUGAGCUUGAAGAAGCCUACCAUGAGCGGCUCAAAGCAUAUUGGGAAGGCAAGGAUAACGGGGAACAAGAAGUUGAGAAUUCGAUGCUCGCUCUCAGAAAGCGUAUGGAUCAGAAACACCAUGCGUGGCAGAAGUGGAAGACCGGCCAGCUCAAGCUCGUGGAGGCCAAGCUCGAAGAAAACAGAACAUAUCGAGAGGAGCUCAUGUAUAGCGCCAAACACCGGCUAGACGACUCUUGCAAAGAGAAAGAGGCGGAGAUGAUGAGGCGUAUGGCAGCUGAGAAGAAGUGGCUUGAGGCUGUGAUACUGGAGAGAGAGAAGCUGCUGAAUGAACGGGAGGCUCAGGAGGUUGAAGGUGAUGCAGACAGCAUAUUUGCGGUGGAGUCAGAAGAUUCCGGGGACGGCCACUAUGUUGUUGCCACACCGAGAAGCACAUCGCGACUAAUAAGAGUCUACUCCUGGCUUCUCUUUUUCUUUCUCAAAAUGUCGAUCGGUGAAAAGUGUGAAUCUGACCAUCCACUCAAGAUCUUUGAUGUGGCUAGGAAACAGGAUCGUUUCUUAUAUGCUCUUGCACCUAUGGUUCGAUAUGGAAAGUUGGCAUUUCGACAAACAGUCCACAAAUACGGAGUUGACCUGUGUUGGUCUCCUAUGAUCCUUGCCAAGGAGUUUAAUCGAAGCAGUUUUGCCCGAGACAGCGAUUUGACCAUCUCUACUACACCAAAGCAACCACCAACUAUCGUCCAGUUUGGCGCAAAUGUUCCCCUGGAACUUGCUCGUGCAUCAGCUCUCGUCGCCCCUUACACCCAAGGUGUCGAUCUCAACUGCGGAUGUCCACAGUCAUGGGCUUGUGCCGAGACGUUGGGUGCUGCAUUGAUGAACCACCGUGAGUUGGUAAGGGACAUGGUGGUUGAGACUCGGCAGCGUUUGGCUAGUGAUGGAUGGGGUGUUGGCCUUGAAAAGGACAUCGACAGUCCCAAAGGCCGAAGUGUGAGUGUGAAAAUCAGGAUUCACAACGAUCUCAGGCAAACCAUGGACUUCAUAGACACCGUGAUAGGUCACCCACAAAACCGCCAGAUCGACUGGAUCACCAUUCACCCACGGACAAGAUCAACCCCAUCAACCACACCAAUCAGGACCGAAGCCCUCGAGAUCUUGACAGCCAAGUACUCGAAAACACUCCCAAUACUUCUUUCAGGAGAUGUUUUCGACCUCAGCACUCUCCCCUUCCAGCCUACCAUCACCACCAAUAACGACUUUCCCCUCCCCUCGCUGGACAAACUUGUUCUCGACGAUACCAAUUCCGCUGUGAACAUGCCACGCCCUAGUAACACUCACCUCUCUGGAUUCAUGUCCGCUCGUGGUCUCCUUGCUAACCCAGCCAUCUUCGCUGGCUACUCGGCUUGCCCAUGGGAAGCUGUUGAAACCUUCAUGUGCAAGGUUGCAAAGGCCCCUGUACCAUUCAAGCUGGUACAGCACCACGUUAUGGAAAUGACAGCGCCGGGCAUGGGGACUGACAAGGCAUCGCUUCUAGAUAAGAAAGAGCGCGCAGAACUCAUGAAGUUGACCAACACUUGUGAGAUCAUGGACUUCCUCGAUGAGAAGAUUGAGCAGAAGACGGGGAGAGCUGGUGGCAUGAGACGAGACCUAUGA